AUGUCUUCCCAGACGAUUCGUCUGCGUCUUGUCAUUCGCAGACAUUCCGUCCCAGAAGUCAAGCUCGUCUGGCCCUGCAUCGCAAACGAGGACCUCACCGUUUCGAAGCUUCUCGCACUUGUCAACGAAGUCGUUCCCCUCGAGAGUCGAGACUGGGGUCUUGAGGAUUAUGUUGUUGAACUAGCCGAUGGCAAGGGCGAUAGUUUCGAGCUGCUGCAUUUUCAACCCGUCGGUAAAGUUUUGAAAGAGGAUGAUCAAGUUUUAAUUAGAUCACUUUCUACAGACGAUCUUAGGAGACGAAGACUUAAUGGACGACAUCAAAUAUCACUUGAUGGAAAACAUCUUAUCGAUGGCCUGGCCUUUGGUAGGCCUUGGUUAAGGGCGCCGCGCGACCGUCCAGCACUCGAUCUGCCCCCACGAAAACGAGCACGCAUCACAUACGAAGAAGAACUCGAGGAGGAGGAGGAAGAUUCCAGUGAGGAAGACUCUAGUGAAGAAUAUUCCGGUGGGGAGGAUUAUAACGACGAAGAAGAUCCGUCGGAGCAGCUCUUGCUCGAAGAUACUCCCCCAACUGAAAACCGGGACGAACCAGGCAGUGUGCGCCUACGAGCCAGAUUCAUAGACACUGAUCAACUUGGCGAGGACGAUGAUGAGGAGGAGGAUGAAGCACAAGCAGAGCCCGAGAUUGACGAUGAAGAUUCUGAAACCAGCGAUGAGGACGAGGAUGAGCUCGACGUCGAUCUUGCCGAUGAGUUGAAGCUCCUACAAGAAGACAAUGCCUUGGUUGAGCAAGCGCCUCCAGAGAAGGAGCAAACCUCUCCUCCUAAGAACAAAAGUCAAAACGCACAGGCACCUCCAUCCGCACCUCGAUUCGACCUUUCGAUGCUUGAUAAGAUUACAGCACUACGAGUCGCAUUUCCUUUCACAUCCUUGUCGAAUAUGCAAGAUGCUCUGCAACAAACCGACAAUGAUUUGAGAAAGACGUACCAGGUCCUGAGCACGACCAACAGCCCGACGGUCAGCUUCGACGAGGUAUACGAGAUUGCUCUUCUCGGCGCUGUUUUCAAUCCCACCCAAUCCAAUGGGAAACAACCUACCGAACAGGAUAUCGAGGACGAAGAUGAAGAUGAAGAGGAAGAAGAAGAAGAGGAGGUGGGAACACAAAUGCUACGACUUCCUGGACAGCCUGAAGCCGCGGGCUCCAAACGACCAUUGAUUCAGGAGGUGAACGACGAGGAGCCCCCUUCUAUUGCACCAAAGGAAGCGAUGAAUGGAACAUCGAAACCUUUAAUCAGUGUUGCGGAAAAAGACGAUGAUUCUUCGGGCUCUUCUGAUAGUUCGGACUCUGAUUCAGACUCUGAUUCAGACUCUGAGUCUGACGAAGAUUUGUACAAGGGUCCAGAACAAGAUUCAGAUUCGGAUAGCGACUCCUCGGAAUCGGAAGAUGAAUUGAUGGAUGAUGCAGACAAUUCCACAAAGCAGUCGCUCGGCCCGGCCCCCGGAGAUGCAAGCUCGAGCGAUAGUUCUGAUUUGGACUCAGACUCGGAUCCGGACUCUAGUUCUGAUUGGAGUAAUGCUGCUGGAGGUGCGAAAGUCUCGGCUGCGCGGGACUCUGACGAUAGUAGCGACAGCGACAGCUCGAGCGACUCCGACUCCAGCUCGAGCGAUUCCGAUUCGGAGUCUGAGCCUGAGGAGCUCUCCUCAAAAAAGCAGUCUCAGGUAAAGAAAUCGGAAGUACCUGUAGCGAAGACUGAAAGCCAAGCUCCAAACUCGGCUCCAGAGCGCACUGAAGACCCAAAGCCGCCUGGUACUGGGCUGGCCAGGACCAAGAAGAGGAAUGCUAGAAGGCGCGAUCACAAGCGAGUGAAAGCUAUGCGGGCUUUGGAAGAUACUCAAUCUCAACCGUCCAUCAACGAAGGGCCUAGCGAGGAUGCUGAAUUUCUCGCCCGAAAGCGUGCUCUCCUGAGUGUCGUUAGCGACGAGAGCGAAGAUGUUCCAAGUCCUCCGAAAGAAACACUAGCCAUUGCUCCCACUCCUAUGAUUGUCGAAGUUGAAACAGAGGAAGCAUCGGCGCCUGCGACAACCCAAGAUGCAGCUCCGACAGAGGAACCUGCUCCUCAGCGUCGCCACAAAGUCGACAUGGGAGCCGGACGGCGAAUGCUAUUUGGCGCUCUUGGGUUGAAGAACCCCAAGUCGAAAGCUGACGAAGAUAAGCUUCGCAAAAGCUUAAUGAAGGAUGUGAAGCCGCUGCAAAAUCCUCGAGUCCAGGCUGAGAAACCAAAGGCUGAUGAGGUCGAACCAACAUCAGAGGAAGAAGACGAAGACCCUGAAGCGUGGCGAAAGAAGAUCUCAUACCGAGCAGUUGAGUGCUGCCAGGAAGAUGUUACUUUGAGCGAACCACCAUUUCCAUUUGUACAACGAUGGGAUCCCCAACAACAGUACACGUCCGUGAGGAAGCGAAAGAGGGCUUCACAAGACUUCAACGAUGAGAGCUACUAUGGCGAAGAAUACCAAUGGAACGGCGAAGAAGAGUGGCAAGAUGACUCUCAAAAGAAGAAGAAAAAAAAGUCCAAGAAGCGUAAAGGAAAGGGGGGGCAUGACGAAGCAUACGACGAGAUGGAAAUCACCGAAGAUUCCUAUGCUGGAACAGGCGGCAAUGGCGAUGAGGAUAUCGUGUUGAACUACGAUGACAUACCGACCAGCAAACCUCGUCACCAGGAUACCCAGUUCGCAGAGAUGGAUGACCUCCCUUCACUACCGUCAGACCUCACUACUCUUCCCAGCCUCGUACAGUCUGAGAUCAAGCCGGGCAUGGUCAUUGCCUGGAAGCAACUGCGCAUGUCAAAAGCGACAAAGUGGCAGCCCGAAAUGGUAUCGACGACUGGGCUCAUCCUGUCAAUCAGCGAAGACAAUCAUCUUCAUGUCCUGUUGGCUAAGAGAGACAGAGACGAAGACGAUAAAGAAUACGAUGAACACACAGGUCAGCGAGUCUAUGCAAAGUUUGAGGUGCCAGACUUUGAUGAAGAUGAGGACAGCGAUGAGGACAACGGGCGAAGAGAUAUUGCCUGGGCAGACAUGUUCGACCCAAGAUUGGUUCAGCAACCACCGCCAACCGAAUCUUCAGAAACGAUUGCCAAGGAUACGGAGCUCCCAACUGAACCCACUAAGCCCGUACAGGACGAAACGGCGAAUACCAAGGUUAGCGCGAGAACAUACCCCGAUGAGACUAUGGCUGAGGAGUUAGAUACACAGAAAGUGAGAGCGGAGAUUGAGGCCGAUUUGAAGGAACAAGAGGCUACAGACAAUCCCUCAGGGACCGACAUUCCUUCUGGCCAGCAGCCACCGCGGCUCGAGUUUACGGGAGAAAACAGUCCAAUCAGCAGUUUUCUUCCACCACCGAUGGAGACGCCGAGUGAUGCGACUAACAGUCCCACACGCCAACUACAAGAAACGAUGCAAUCAGUUGCUGAGGAGAAUAUCCUUUUAUCGGAGCAAAGAAGUAAUGUGGAGGAAAAGAAGGGAGUUCAUACAGAUGACAUGGACAGAGCAGAUGAUGCAAAAGAUCUGGACGAGCCGAUGCCGACAGUUGAGGAUGGCUGGGAUGUAACUGUUCCUGAUAGUAUACCGUCACCAGAACUUCCAGCACUUCCCACCAAAGAUGAUGUACCUAUGGAUCACCGUCUUACCGUGCCGUCGUCUGUGGGCAGCGUUCGCAGUGGAAGACAGCCACCAUCAAUCAGUGGUCUCGAAGAUCUCCCAGAGGAGCGUGUUGAGGAUUCAAUUGUGGACAAUGAUAAAAGAGCACCAAGCCCUCAGAUUUCAGUUGUGUCGGUGAGGAGUAGCAGUCCUUUUCCUUCCUUGGAAGAGCUAUUCCAAACAGCGAGGCAAACGCAGAGCCCAUCAAAGUUUUCACAGCCGUCUGUUCCUCGAUUUGUGAAGACUGAACAACAUGACGUCGAGUAUGAAGAAGCGAUGCGAAAAUUGGAUGAAGGGGAGGACGAGAGCGAUCGUCCAAAUCUCCGCAACAAAUCUUUACGCAGUCUAAUGUCGCGUGUGCCACAAGAGAACAGUCCUUUACAGCACCCAAUCAAAACUGAGGCAUCGCAAAUCGAGGAACUCAAAGUCGAGGAGAUAAUAUCAUCGCUUUCACAGUCGGUCAAACAACAAAGGCAGCGUUUUGAACAGCUGCAUAUGAAACCAAAAGAAGCCAAGGCUAUUGAUUUGAGCUCCAGCCCACCAUCUGUGCAGUACACCGAACACUAUGCUCAAGAUAGCGAGGAUGAUACUUAUCAUGAAAAUCCUCUGCCACAAGGUGAAGGUUGGGUGCAGAAGAAUUAUAGCGAAGUGACGACGCGAAGCCGAGGCAAAAGCCUUCCAGCGACGGCGGCUCCAGCUGUCGACAAGGCGACUACUUCUACACAAAGUCGCACUGCGCGUGGACGAACAUGUCUUCCACCAGUUCGAGAUGUGACUGCCAGUGCUUUCAGUCAGAUCAGAGGGCGUAGAAAGCCAACUCGCAAGUUCUGA